GGGGAAACGGGCUGAAGGUUCUUCUUUUGCCGGUGGACUAGAAACUCCCGCCAUUUCGACAGGGAAUUAACCUCUUGUUUGAUUGGUGAUACUUUCUUGUGACACUUGCGAACAUUGUUUUCGGAUAAAGCGGAACCUCGGCGGCACGGCUCAUCAGCGGGAGAGGGAAAAAAAGAACCAGGCAUAGUUUAAAACCACUUUCUUGGGACUGUAAAACUACAUAGAUCUGCAGCCGAACUGAGCUCUGGCUGUUGCCGCGAGUUUCAUUUCGGGGGUGGCUCUCAUCCUUUCGUGCUCACCUGAAGGACCUAAAAGUUUACCAACUAAUCCGUCGGAGCAAAUCUGCGACGUCUUUUUUUUUUUCUUUUCUCCCCCCAUACCACGGGGCUCUGCUUGAAGCCAGCGCCGUCUCCGCUGCCACAGAAGCGGGGGAUGUGGCGAUGAGGCCAGGGGCGAGAAGCGCACUGUUAUUGUUUUGCAACGAGAUAGCGAGCCAAGCUGCUAGCUUGAUCGGCUAGCUUCAGCACGCUGAGAGCCGGGGCCUGCCGGCGGUAACGUGAGACGUGCUAGCGGCUCGGUACACACAUUAGAUACAUGCUCAGCACUACCACGGCGGUGAUUUUGUGCUAGUUCGUCGCCAAAAAGCCACGUUUAACCUCUGGCCCUCGUGCCAUCUUUGCAUCUGCCAUGGCACCGCUUCUGGGCCGGAAACCGUACCCGCUGGCUAAGCCGUUAGCCGAGCCACCAGGCCCGGGAGAAGAGGUCUACAUCAUCGAGCAUACCAAGGAGGCCUUCAGGAACAAAGAGGAGUACGAGGCACGCCUGCAAAGGUACAGCGAACGCAUCUGGACAUGCAAGAGCACGGGAAGCCUCCAGCUGACUCACAAGGAGGCCUGGGAGGAGGAGCAAGAAGUCACAGAGCUGCUUCAGGAGGAGUAUCCCCUGUGGUUUGAGAAGCCGGUCCUGGAGAUGGUCCACCACAACACGGUGUCCUUAGACAAGCUGGUGGAGAUGGCCUGGGUGGAAAUCCUCACCAAGUAUGCUGUGGGUGAAGAGUGUGACUUCCUGGUGGGAAAAGACCAAAGCCUGCGAGUAAAAGUGAUCAAGAUCCACCCGCUGGAAGCCGCUGAGGGCGAGUCCGGCGAGAAGAAGCUGGAAGGUGCCUGCGACUCCCCGUCCAGCGACAAGGAGAACGCAAGCCAGGAGAACCAGAGGAAGGAGCCUCCUUCUCAGGAGGAGGAGAACAGGAGGGACAGCCUGAGUGACCGAGCGCGCCGAUCCCCAAGGAAAUCGACCACGGCCACCAAGGAGGAGAAGAAGCGAUGGGUCAUGCCUAAAUUUCUUCCCCAUAAGUACGACGUGAAGCUCAUCAACGAGGAUAAGGUGAUCAGCGACGUCCCGGCCGACAGCCUUUACAGAACGGAGCGCCCUCCUACCAAGGAGAUCAUGCGCUACUUCAUCAGACACUACGCUCUGAGGCUGGGCAAAGGAGAAAGCGCCCCCUGGGUGGUGGAAGACGAGCUGGUGAAAAAAUACAGCCUGCCCAGCAAAUUCAGCGACUUCCUCCUCGAUCCGCAGAAGUUUUUGGCAGAAAACCCCUCCAAAAAGCGUAAAAGGUUGACCUCUGCAGACGGCAAGCCGAGCAAGAAGGCCAAGGCCGGCGACGCGGCCGGAGAGGACUCCGGAAGCGAGAAGAAGAAGAAGAAGAAGGAUUCUCAAGGAUUGCCCCUCAGUCCCACCAUAUGGGGUCACAUGCAGAAGGUGAAAAUGAACGGCUCCCCCCUCAAGGUGAAGAACUCCGGCACCCCCAAGAAAGGAGACGGAAAAGGCUCGGCUCCCUCGUCGCCGAAGCCCGGCAAGAAGCCCGGAGACAAGAAGGACGGGAAGAGAAGCGGAAAGGGCGGCGAGAAGAAGCUGGACGAUCUCAAAUCCUCCAAGAAGGACGGGAAAGGCGGCGAGAAGACGCCCAAGAUGAAGCAGAUGACGCUGCUGCAGCUGGCUAAAGGCACGUCCACGGGGAGCCCCAAGAAGAGGGCCCGGAGCGCCGGCCUGGGCAGCCCAAAGCUGGGCAAGCCGCUGCACCCCAUGGCCCUGCACCUCAUCCGCUACCACAAGGAGCACAAGGGCAAAGAGGACAAGAAGACCUCCCUCUCCUCCCUCCUGUCCAAAGCCGCCAAGACGCUGACGGCGGAGGACCGCGGGCGCCUCCCCGACGAGCUGAGGGAGCUGGUGCAGAAGCGCUGGGAGCUGCUGGAGCAGAAGAGGAGGUGGGCGGCCAUGAGCGAGGAGGAGAGGAGCGCCGAGAUGAAGAGGCGGCGCGCCGAGCUCAAGGAGAAGCUGCGGGAGAAGGCCAAGGAGCGGCGCAAGCAGGAGAUGCUGGUGCGCCAGGAGCAGUCGCGUCGCUACGAGGACCAGGAGCUCGACGGCGGCAAGGCGCUGCCGACGUUCAAGCUGGUGGACAUGCCGGAGGGCCUGCCCAACACGCUGUUCGGCAGCGUCGCCAUGGUGGUGGACUUCCUGCACUGCUACGCCGGGCUGCUGAUGCCCGAGGACCAGUACCCGGUGACGGCCGGCGCCCUCAUGGAGGCGCUGGCCGGCGAGCGCUCGGGCUUCCACUACCUGAACCGCGUGCUGGUGGUGCUGCUGCAGACGCUGCUGCAGGACGAGCUGGCCGAGGGCUACAGCGAGCUGGACAUGUCCCUCUCCGAGAUCCCCCUCACCAUGCACUCGGCGUCGGAGCUGACGCGGCUGUGCCUGCGGCCGUGCGACGCCCACGACGAGAGCGGCCAGGGCUCGGAGGAGUCCGCGGCGGCGGGCGGCUACGACGACGUGGUGAGCAGCGAGUUCCUGGAGCAGCUGGAGACGGUGGAGGUGUUCGAGCUGAGCCCCGGCGAGAAGGUGGACCUGCUGAUGGCGCUGUGCCACCGCAUCCUCAUGACCUACUCGGUGGAGGACCACGUGGACGCCAUGCAGCAGCGGUCGGCCGAGCUGUGGAAGGAGCGCCUGGCCAUGCUGAAGGAGGUCAACAACCGCAAGAAGGCCGAGAAGAAGAUGCGCAAGGAGAUGGAGAGCAAAGGUGAGAAGAAGAAAGAGGGAGGUGCUAAAAAGGAGGGCAAGAAAGAAGUGAAGGCGGAGCCCGAGCCGGAGCCGGAGGACCUGAUCAGCCUGGUGAAGAGCCGGCGGCUGAUGGCGAUGCAGGCCAAGAAGGAGAAGGAGGAGUUGGACAGGCAGAACAAAGAGCGCAUGGAGAAGGAGGCCGAGGAGGAGCGGCUGCGUCGGCAGAAAGCGGCGGCAGAGCGGGCCUUCCAGGACGGGAUAACCAAAGCCAAGCAGGUGAUGCGGCGGACCCCGCUGGGCACCGACAGGAACCACAACAGAUACUGGCUCUUCUCCGACGUGGUUCCCGGGCUGUACAUCGAGAAAGGCUGGGUGCACGACGGCAUCGACUACAGCUUCACCCCUCCGGCCGAGGAGAAGCCCGCCGAGGCCGAGACGGAGGAGGAGGAGGAAGACAGCGAGGCGGCUUCCGCUCCCGAUUCGCAGCCCGAUUCACAAGAAGCCGAAAAAGACGACGCGAGCGUGGACGGCGCGGCGAGCGAAGGAGUCCAGCAGGGGGCGGCGCCGGACGUCUGCAUCGAAACCACCGUUCCCAAACAGGGGCAGAACCUGUGGUUCAUCAUCGACAGCCCCGCUGAACUGGAGGAACUGGUGGAGAGCCUUCAUCCUCAGGGAGUCCGGGAGAGUCAGCUGAAGCUGAAGAUCCAGAGCAGGUACCAGGACAUCCUGCACUCCAUCCAUCUGAGCCGCAAGUCCAAAAUGGCACUCAGGUCGUGCGACGGCCACGCUGAGCUGCUCAAAUACAUGCGCAGCGACAUCCAGGAAAUCGCCUCCAGGCUGCAAAAGGGGGGGCUGGGCUACCUGGACGACAACGUAGACAUCGAGGAUCAGCUGAAAGACACGGAGAGCCUGAAGGAGUUCGGGGAGUGCAUCAUCACCCUCCAGGCCUGCGUCAUCAAAAAGUUCCUGCAGGGCUUCAUGGCUCCCAAACAGAAGAAGAAGAAAAAACAAGGAGGGGAGGAGAGCGGCAAGGCCGAGGAGGUGGACGAGGAGAAGAAACUGGCAGAAGAAGCCAGGGUGGCCACGGCGGUGGAGAAGUGGAAGACGGCCAUCAGGGAGGCGCAGACCUUCUCCCGGAUGCACGUGCUGCUGGGCAUGCUGGACGCCUGCAUAAAGUGGGACAUGUCCGCCGAGAACGCUCGCUGCAAAGUCUGUCGCAGGAAAGGCCUCAGGAAGGACUGGCCUCUGAGGCUGACGGAGCGCAGGCCCGGACCCAGGCGGGCCGGCGGCAGGGAGCUCAGGGCAGAGAAGGCUAGAUGUGUCAGGCAGGUCUGCGUUGAGAGCCGGCAGCUCCGCACGCCCACAGGCGACGACGAGAAGCUUAUCCUGUGUGACGAGUGCAACAAGGCCUUCCAUCUGUUCUGCCUGCGACCAGCCCUGUACCGCAUCCCUGCCGGGGAGUGGCUGUGUCCAGCCUGCCAGCCCACCGUGGCCCGCCGCGGCUCCCGCUCCAGGAAUUAUAAGCAGGACUCUGAGGAAGAAGAGAGCGAGGAGGAGUCCGAGGAGGACUGCUCUGACGACGACGAAGAGGACGAGGAGGAGAAUGACUACAAGGCCAUGGGGCACAGCUUGAGGCCGAGGAAGAGGAACAAGCAGUCGUCGUCUCGACAGAAGAGCUCCAAAAGUAAAGCCAAGAAGCCCUCCAGCAGCCAGAGCAGCAAGCAGAGAGCCGGUCCCAGCAGCCCCGCUGACAUCGACGAGCUCGUGAGGCAGAGCUCCCAGACAGGAGUCAGCAAGCAGGCGCUGGAGCUGGAGAGGUGUGAAGAGAUCCUGAAGAAGCUGAUGAAGUUCCGCUACAGCUGGCCCUUCAGGGAGCCCGUCUCCCCGGACGAGGCGGAGGACUACCUGGACAUCAUCUCGGAGCCCAUGGACUUCCAGACGAUGCUGGGCAAGUUCGGCCAGGGCUCCUACCGGCACGCCCAGGACUUCCUGGAGGACAUCAAGCUGGUGUUCUCCAACGCCGAGGAGUACAACCAGCAGGGCAGCACCGUGCUCUCCUGCAUGAUCAAGACCGAGCAGACCCUCACCGAGCUCAUCCACAAGCUGCUGCCCGGAACCAGCUACCUCCGCCGGCGCUCCCGCAAGCGCGUCAGCCGGGCCCCUCCUUCGUCUGACGAGGAGGACGAGGAGGAGGAAGAAGAACAGGACGACGACGAGGAAGAGGACUGCGAGGAGGAGCAAGAGGAGGCCCCCAAGAAGAAGAUGCAGAACGGCAAAUCGAACCGCAAGGCGAGCCGGAACGCUCGGACCCGCAAAGACCAGAGCGAAAGCGAGGAGGACAGCGAGGAGGAGGAGGAUAACGUGAGGAGGAGUAAGAGGACCUCUGCCACCUCGGGCAGGAAGGAUUACAGGGAGCUGGACAGCGACGGGGAGCAGGACACGAGGCGAGGCCGGCACCGGGGGGGGCGGGGCGACGCCAGCAGCGACGACGAGCGUUCCCGUCACCAGCAGCGACAUUCCAAGAGGCUGAAGCGCUCGUGAGAGUCCAGGCGGCCGCGUCUCCUCCUCCUCCUCCUCCUCCUCCUCCUUCCUCCCACUACCAGCAGGACUCAAACCUCAGAAGGACUCGUUUUUUGUGUUAGCAAAUUUCUGUUCACAUUUUGGAAAAAACAAAGAAAACUGAUUUAUAUUUGUAACGUUUUUUGAUAUUGGUGGUGAUUUUUGUUUUUUUGUUGUUUGUUUUUCUGUCCCUACCCAGAAAGAUUUACCUUUUUACUAAUUAGUUUUAUCAUUUGGUGACUCGCAACGUCACACCUGCCAGCAUCCCUCCCCAGCCUAUCUUCGUUGUCUCUCUUUCUGCAGUAAAUUUUCUGGAUAUUCUGAAUACAGGUGUGCAGAAACGCUCCGUUUUUUUUUUUUUUUAUCUGGGCGUGCGUUGAAAUGCCAGGAACAUGUUCAGGAACCCGACCAGCUCCUAGAGCUGCGCAGCCUUUUCUCCUCCUUUAGUGCCCUGCCACUUUAAAUACGCCUCCACCUGUUUGUACUCCUCCUUUGUAAAAGUACAGGACCGUACAUCAAUAAAGGUAUGUGCAUAAUCAGUUGUACACAGUAUUUAAAGUCUGUUUAUGUUUUUUUUGGUUUUUAUUGUUUAAAGAAAGUUGGCUUUUCCUUUUUUUUUUUCUUCUUUUGGCACAUUUUAUUUGGUAUUGUAAAUGAAAAGCUGUCUAAUAAAUGCACAGAGAGCACGUCUCGGCAGAAAUUA